CGCUCGGGCCAGCCAAUGGGAGCGCUGCAUGUGCCUUUAAGGGGGCGUGUCCUCGAGGGAGGGCGGGGUCUUCAGGCGGUGUGCAGGCAGCGCUCAGCUGACGGGAGGAGUGCAGCGCGCAGACCGGAGACUGGACCCAUGGCAACAAUCAUGGCAGAGGCAGAGACCCGGCAGAGGCUGCUGCGCACCGUCAAGAAGGAGGUGAAGCAGAUUAUGGAGGAAGCCGUCACCAGGAAAUUCGUCCACGAAGACAGCAGCCACAUUGUCUCCUUUUGUGCGGCGGUGGAGGCGUGUGUUCUGCACGGGCUGAAGCGGCGAGCGGCCGGCUUUCUGCGCAGCAACAAGGUGGCGGCGUUAUUCAUGAAGGUGGGGAAGAGCUUCGCCCCGGCCGAGGAGCUGUGCAGGAAGGCCCAGGAGGUCGAGCAGAUCAUCGAGACAAAGAGGAGCCAGAGCUUGCAAAGCCAAGACAGCUUCCGCAAGAUACCGCGCCUGCCCAGCCUCAACCCGCAGGGGGUCAAGAACCUGUGGAUCCGGACGGCUCUGUUCGAGAAGGUGCUGGACAAGAUUGUUCUCUACCUGGUGGAGAACAGCAGUAAAUACUACGAGAAAGAGGCCGUUCUAAUGGACCCCGUGGACGGACCCAUCCUCGCCUCUUUGUUAGUGGGACCUUGUGCUUUGGAGUACACAAAGAUGAAGACGGCCGACCACUUCUGGACCGACCCGUCCGCUGACGAGCUGGUGCAGAGGCAUCGCAUCCACGGUGGCCACUGCAGACAGGACUCUCCCACUAAGAGGCCGACACUGUGUAUCCAGAAGCGGCACUCCAGCAGCAGCAUGGAUGAACGCCCCUCCCCCUCGCCAUCAGCUCGUGAAUAUGUGGAGUCCCUGCAUCAGAACAACAGGGUGACGCUACUGUUUGGCAAGAACAAUGUGCUUGUACAACCGAGGGAUGACAUGGAGGCCGUCCCGGGUUACCUCUCUCUGCACCAGAACGCUGACAUCAUGACCCUGAAGUGGACGCCCAAUCAGCUGAUGAACGGCUCCGUGGGAGACCUGGACUACGAACGCAGUGUUUACUGGGACUAUGCAAUGACGAUCCCUCUGGAGGAGAUAGUUUACUUGCACUGCCACCAACAAGUUGACAGUGGGGGGACAGUGGUGCUGGUCAGUCAGGACGGGAUACAGAGACCUCCGCUUCGCUUCCCCAGAGGAGGCCACUUGCUCCAGUUCCUCUCCUGCCUGGAGAACGGCCUGCUUCCCCACGGCCAGCUGGACCCUCCGCUCUGGUCCCAGAGGGGAAAGGGAAAGGUGUUUCCCAAGCUGCGGAAGAGGGUUCCUCAGGGAUCUGGAUCCACAGAGUCGGUCUCCGAUAAGGAGGAGGACGAGGCCACAGACUACGUCUUCCGCAUCCUCUUUCCAAACAGCCAGUCGGAGUUUGUGACUGUAACCCACCCUCCCCACCUGACUUCCUCCCUCUCCCUUCACCUGAGCGGACAGUCCCCGUCCAAAACAGGCACCCUGGUCGUUCCCAAGAGAUCCCGCAGCUGUCCGGAAGAAUCCGGCUCACUCACAGGAAGCAGCCUGACUCCUCCAGACUUGAUGGAUCAGGGAGCUACGAUGUGGCACCCCACUCUCAGGAAGUCCUCGUGUUCCUCUUGUUCUCAGGGGAGCUUCUCUGACGGGGCGACGCCCAAGGGCUGCAACCACGAGAGGGCUCCUCUGAAGAUGCUGUGCGACAACAUGAAGUAUCAGAUCAUCUCCCGGGCGUUUUACGGCUGGUUGGCGUACUGCCGUCACCUGUCCACCGUGCGCACUCACCUCUCUGCUCUCGUCAAUCACACCAUCGUGGCGCCCGACGUGCCGCGUGAUGCCGACAAAGGGCUCACCGCUGACGUGUGGCAGACGUUUCUACAGGACCGCACAGCGUACGAGGAGAAGGAGCUGCUUCGCCUGGUCUACUUCGGCGGUGUGGACGCCUCGCUGCGUAAAGAAGUUUGGCCUUUCCUGCUCGGUCAUUACCAGUUUGGAAUGACAGACGCUGAGAGAAAUAAGGUGGAUGAACAGGUGCGAGUGUGCUACCAGCAGACCAUGUGUGAGUGGCUCCGCUGCGAGGAGGUCGUCCGCCAGCGGGAGAAGGAGCAGCAUGCCGCGGCGUUAGCCAAGUGCUCCUCAGGAGCGAGCAUGGACAGCUCAAGUCAGAAGAUGAUGCACCACGACUCCACCAUCAGCAAUGAGUCCCAGUCCCCCCAGAGCUCAGACAGACAGAGUCUGACUCGCCUGCAGAGUGACUCCAGCAGCAGCACACAGGUGUUCGAGUCAGUGGAGGAGGUGGACCAGAUCGAGACGGAGCCCAAGAGCGAAGAGGCCAAACAGGUGCCGAAGAUGCCCAACGGAGCGCUGCAGAACGGGACGAGCUCUCCGGACUCCGGACAUCCCUCCUCCCGCAACUUCUCCGUCACUUCCGGCCUGUCGGACGGCUCGUUCAGCACGGAGGACAGCGGUGCGCACGAUUCGUCCUCCAGAUCUGCAGCGGCCCCCCCGGCGCCUGCAGGGACAGAGAGUGAAGGUCUGACAGAGGACGCUCAGGUGAAAGGUGAGGUGAGGGACAAAGAGGACGAGGAGGGGAAAGAACCUGACGUGAGCAAAACUGCUGAAAACACCAAGACUGAGGCGACAGGUGAAGACGUGAUACAGCCACUGAAAGAGGGGCUCAAACCACAAGGUAUGGUUGAGGAGCCUGGAGCGAUUGAAACGGAGGAGUGUGAAGACAAAGACCUGGAUGCACUGGCAGGUAUUAAAGGAAUUACAUCAGGAACAGAAAAAGAAAUGCCACAUGAGGAUACAUCACAGCCUGAGGCAGAAACAACUGUGAACGAAGGAAAAACAAAUGCAACGGACGAAUCAGAUACAAGCAAACCACAAGAGGUGUUACUGGCAGAAAGAAAAGAGGAGAUAUCGAUAGAUCCUGCGGCUCCUGAGGCUGAAAAGAGCCUUGUUUUCUCAGCAGACAUCGAGGCCUCCAGAGCGAGAGAAUCGUACUUCACCCCGCAGAAAGACGACGUCCAGGCCAUGACCGAGUCUGAUGAGUCUCCCUCAGCCAUAGAGAUGGAGGAGAUCCCCAAAGCCAAAGUUUCCAUGGUGCCUUGGAGCAGGAAGGGACGCUGCGAAGGAGCGUCUCUCUCUGACGACUCGGCCGCUCACGUGGAGCUCAGGCAGGAGGAGGAGCAGGGGAAGCCCAGUCCAGAGGGCACCGAGUCCAUCCUGUCCGAGGAGCCGGAGAUGGAGAGCCUCUACUCCAACUUUGACUCUCUGGUCGGGUCCGAAGGCGCCAAGAACGAAGCCAGCAGUCAAGGAUCUGCUGGGGGCCCCUUUUCUCAAGAGCUUUUGGACUUGUAUACAUUAAAUCUGCACCGCAUCGAGAAGGACGUCCAGCGCUGCGACAGGAACUAUUGGUACUUCACGCCGGCCAAUCUGGAGAAACUGCGAAACAUCAUGUGCAGUUAUAUCUGGAGGCACCUUGACAUCGGCUAUGUUCAGGGCAUGUGUGAUCUGCUGGCUCCGCUUCUUGUCAUUCUGGAUGAUGAGGCCAUGGCCUUCAGCUGUUUCACCGAGCUCAUGAAGAGAAUGAAUCAAAACUUUCCACACGGAGGAGCUAUGGACACUCACUUUGCCAACAUGCGCUCUCUUAUCCAGAUCCUGGACUCGGAGCUGUUUGAGCUGAUGCACCAGAACGGAGACUACACCCACUUCUACUUCUGCUACCGCUGGUUCCUCCUCGACUUCAAGCGAGAGCUCGUGUACGAUGACGUGUUCGCAGUCUGGGAAACCAUCUGGGCCGCCAAGUGUGUCUCCUCUAGUCACUUUGUCCUCUUCAUCGCCCUGGCGCUGGUGGAGAUCUACAGGGACAUCAUCCUGGAGAACAACAUGGACUUCACCGACAUCAUCAAGUUUUUCAACGAAAUGGCCGAGCACCACAACAUCAAGCAGAUCCUGACCCAGGCCCGAGAUCUGGUGUGCAAGGUGCAGCUGCUGAUAGAGAACAAGUGAUUGUGCUGUUUGUCUUCUUCUUCUCCUUCCAAGUAAAGUGUGAUCGGCUGUAGCAGCACAAAGAGACAAACACAUGACCUCACACACACACACUACACAUACACACACACACUAAACACAACACACACACUACACAAGGCCUUUACAAUCACAGUUUGCUGCUAUGAGCCUUAUUCUCUGUAUUGUUUGUGUUGUCAGCAGGUGUACGAGAAUAUUAAGCUUCAUAUUCGUCAGUAUGUUCAAGUGCAAAAAAACUAAAAAUGUAUCUGAAAAAAAAAAACAAAACAAGAACUUCUUUGAUUCCUAAAUAUUUUUGCCAGAAAAUCCUGUAAGUGUCGAUCUUAAAUCCGAGUGCACUUAAUAUUUUGAGAUAGAAGAAGGUCGUAGCUGCGCAUUUCAAAACCGAAAUGCAAGAGCAGAAUUCAAGAAGAGACUAUAUUUAUGAGAAAUAUACAUUGUGAUAAUAGUUUAUAAUAGUUAUUUUAGUAGUCAAAGUCUACAAGAGUAAACUUAUAUACACCAGUUGUCCCCUGAUACCUCGACCCCGAUGAAGGAAAGAAUGUAAGCAGACUUAUUUCUUUUUCUUUUUCUUUUUAAACACCCGAAAAGUUGAAUUAAUUUCCACCGAUGACUGAUUCAGAGCACGCUGGAUCACUGCAGUCCAAAAAACACAAUUCAACAACCCGAAACUCGGUUAUGUUUAACACACACACACACACACAGAGCGUUUAAUGAUGAUUUAGCUUUUAGCACCAUGUCAGUGAUUUUUAGCAUCCAACAGUGUUUUUCAGUGUCUGGAACUGCCUUUGUCUGCCAAAUAUUAUGUCUUUGUUCUGUGUGAACUGUACUGUACUGAGAGAAAACUGUGUUUAACUUAUUUAAAAAAAAAAUGAUAUUAUGUCAUAACUCUUGUAAAAUUAUAACCAAAUCUUUAAGUGGACUUAUGGAUGUCUGGAUUUAUGUAACGCAACAAGCCUGAUUUGAUCGUCUUCUUGAGUUUUGUUUCGUUCUCCCGUGAACCGCUGUAUAUUUUUGUAAAUCGUGCAGUUUACUCACCUUGAUUAUUUUUUUUUUGUCUUCUAACGUCUGCCGCCUGUCUGUUGAAUCAAAUGUUUACUUGAGCUUGAGUGUGAUUAUGAAUUAGGAGGAUCAGAUAAAGUGUUUUGUGUGGGAUUUAGUGACAUCUCGUAGAUUGCGACGAACUGAACGCCCCUCGUCUCUCCCUUCCUGAUGGCGGCUAUUAAAAAAUGUGUAAAAUGUGAAUGGCCCCUGUCUGGAGUCAGCGUUUAGUUUGUCCUUUCUGGGCUACUGUAGAAAACAUGGUGGACUCUGUGUGGAAGAGGACCCUCCAGGCUCCCUCUGUAGAUAUAAAAGGCUCAUUGUCAGGUAAUAAAAACACAAGGAUUCUCGGCCCUCUCUACAUGUAUUUUCCCCAAAAAACGUAGCAUUUUCUAUGCAUUAUGCAUUUGAUGUCACUGAAAACUAAAUCUUUUUAGAAAACUCCUUCCUCAAUUUUCAGUGUUCGCGUCGUUACAGGCUGAAACUCAGAUUGUUUUAGAAAUUAUAUACACACGUUUAUGUCAACGUGAAUGUGUCAUGAUAUUUGAGUAGAUGGAAAAUAGACAUGGUAAGAUUCCCCUACAAUGAUUCUGUGAAGAGCUGCCACGUUAAACUCCCUCGUUCGUAGUAUUUUCUCUCACUCAGCAGCCAACUGGAGCGUACAGUCUGCUUCCUGUUUACAACGACAUGCAGCCAGAUUAGUUCAUGGUUUCCAAAAUUACCUGCAUACGUGUGGACUAGCCCUUUAUUUCAGGUGAGUGUACACUAAAGAACACAUCAUUUUUCUUACUUAUAUUCUGUUUUCACCUCUAAAUCCUGCACACCACAAUUUUUAAACACAUGGAUGAAAUGAUGAAAGUAAUAGGACGAUUUUUUUUAAUGAACUGCAAACGACUGGAUGUUAUGAUGGAAACAGAUUUAUCGUUUUGGCAGAUUUGGGGCUCGUGAGGACGUUCAGUAGAUGUUUUCUUUUCCUUGAAUUGGUGCAAACGUUGAUCUCAGUUACAUUCAUGAUGAGUGUCGCUAUCAAGUGUUGCUCCAUGAAUGUAGUUUAAAGAUGAAUUGCUUUUGCUAUCGGUGUUUCUUUGUGAAUGCUAACCGCUGUCAGAAAACCUGUUUUAUUUAAUUUAUUGUAACAAUUUAUUUGCCGAAGUAUUUAUUUAUAUAUUUAUUUAUUCCUCUUUUUUUUUUUCAUUCAGAUGCUGCUUUUAUUUGUAAAGCUGAUAUUUUUUAUUUCCUGGCCAGUUCUAAAUGUUUACUGUAAAACAAUCAAGAUUCUAUACUCAGAGUUCAUUUAUAUAUAUAAAUAUAUAUAUUAAAUGGUAUAUGUUCUUAUAAUAAAAAUAUUAAAAAUGGA